GACGACAACCAACAGAGUUUUACCGUCUCCUCGCGCUCAGUCGUGUCGCGUACACCGUUCGCCGUCUGCAUUCUCUCUCACACCGGUCGACCGUUCGCGUGCGCGUGCAGUAGUACAUGUGAGCGUCUCUGGUGUGUUCAGUGUGUCUCUCCGCUUGACCUACAAUCGUGCACAACUACACACCACAACCGCGACUACGACAGGCAGCUAAUAUCAGCGUUACCUCUGUAUACGAAAACUACCACACGGUUACCGUCGCGUGCCGUCCGGUUUGGCCUUUGAAAAUUAAAGUACAACCGACACCGAGAGCCGUCGGGCGAGAUAGAUUUUUUCUUUUUUUUUUACGUUUGGUGCUGUGCGAAAACAUUACCGUAUAUCCUGUACAAUAUACGAGUGACCGCGCACCAAACAGUAGUCCUCUGUCGCCGCAUCGCUGUCGCCCAACACUUCACUGCAUCGCGCCUCAAAUGAUACCCUGAAACCGGACGCAUCUUACAAACACUUGAAAGAGGGUCGUUGUUGGAUCAUCGGAAAUGGUGGCGUCCGCUGACCGCCGAGAGAGUUUCGGCGUGGACGGCAACAUAUUCCACCGGAAGUCGAGCAACAAGGAGAAGUCGUCCGAUGUGGCGGUGUACACGAUAUCCGUGGUGGGCGGAUACGAAAACCAAGGGUUCAAGCAGGACGAGCAGUCGGGCAACGGGCUGGCCAAGCCGCCGCCGAUCGGCGACGAUGACGGCAGCGACGACCAUCUGCCCAAGGGCAAGUUCAAGAUGUCGCCCAAGGAGAAGUGGCGGAUCCUAAAAAACGUGAGCACCAUCAGCCUGGCGUUCAUGGUGCAGUUCACCGCGUUCCAGGGCACGGCCAACCUGCAGAGUUCGAUAAACGCCCGCGAAGGCCUGGGCACCGUUUCGCUGUCGGCAAUCUACGCGGCGCUGGUGCUCAGCUGCAUAUUCGUGCCCACGUUCCUCAUUAAGCGGCUGACGGUCAAGUGGACGCUGUGCCUGUCACUACUGUGCUACGCGCCGUACAUUGGCGCCCAGUUUUACCCGAGGUUCUACACGCUCGUGCCGGCCGGCGUGCUGGUCGGUCUGGGCGCCGCGCCCAUGUGGGCCGCCAAAGCCACGUACCUGACACAAACCGGCGCGGUCUACGCCAAGCUCACCGACCAACAGGUCGACGGCAUCGUCGUCAGGUUCUUUGGGUUCUUCUUCCUUGCCUGGCAGACCGCCGAACUCUGGGGAAACCUCAUCUCCUCACUGGUAUUGUCUAGUGGCGCCCACGGCGGUGGCACCGGCGACAACAGCACCAUGCUGUCGGAAGAGGAACUGCGGCUGUGCGGUUCGAAUUUCUGCGUGAUGGGCAAUCACGCCAUCGACAAUCUGGAGAGACCGCCCGACUCGGAAAUAUUCGAGAUCAGCACCAUUUACUUGACCUGCAUAGUGGUCGCUACCAUCAUCAUAGCCGUGUUCUUGGAUCCGCUGUCCAGAUACGGAGAGAAACAGAGGCGUGCCGAUAGCCAAGAAUUGUCCGGUAUUCAGCUGUUGUCUGCCACGGCUUAUCAGCUGAAAAAACCGUACCAGCAACUUCUCAUACCGAUCACCAUUUGGAUUGGAAUGGAACAGGCGUUCAUCGGAGCUGAUUUCACACAGGCUUACGUAUCGUGUGCCUUGGGUAUACCAUCGGUGGGAUACGUGAUGAUCUGCUUUGGAGUGGUCAACGCCAUCUGUUCGUUACUGUUUGGAACCAUCAUGAAGUACAUCGGCAGGAUACCGUUGAUGGUGCUUGGCUUCAUCGUCCAUUCAGUGCUCAUAUGGAUACUCAUCGUGUGGAGGCCGCACCCCAACAACCCCAAGCUAUUCUUUACCAUUUCUGGGCUGUGGGGAGUUGGCGACGCCGUCUGGCAGACUCAAGUCAACGGCAUUUACGGUACGCUGUUCAGGCGCAACAAAGAGGCGGCGUUCAGCAAUUACCGGCUGUGGGAGUCUGCCGGGUUCGUGGUGGCAUAUGCUUACAGCACGCACCUGUGCGCCAGGAAGAAGCUGUACGUGAUGGGCGUUGUGCUGGUCAUAGGAUUCGUCGGUUACAUCAUCGUGGAGAUCAGGCACAGCAUCAAAGCCAGGAGGCUCAAGAGGCUGGCCGACGACCCCAAGUCCGAGCCACUACCCGAUGAGAUUGUAAACGAGACGGACGACGAGAAGGACGACAUUGACGAUGAAAUCAUAGUGACACAUUUAUAAGAAAGAAAAAAAAAAGAAAAAUUAUAAAUAUUAACAGACUUGGUUAGCACUGUGUGCUUAUAGUGAAACCAUCAAGAUGCUCAGUUUCUACGGACGUCAUUAUCACUUUGAAGUAGAAAAUAAUAUGAAAUUAUUUUAGUUUUAUUAUUAAAAUUAGGACUCGGAUCGCAAUGACCUUAAAAUUAGUGUAAACGUAGUACGCAUACUACACUUAUUACCAAUAUUCUUUAAUUUAUUUACCGCAUUUUGUACAUAGUAUUUAUACCACAUCGUCAACAUGAAUUAUGUAUAUUUACAUAGUUUAAAUAAUAUAAACAUACAUGUAUAAUUUAGAAAUCGCCCUGUGCAUAUACAAGGCGAUUUUAUUGUUUUAUAAUUAAUAUAACAAUAAAAUAGUUGUUGUUAUUAUUAUUGUACUAUUGAUUUUUUUUUUGUAGUAAAAGUGAUCUAGAUUUUAAAAAGAAAGAAAGUUUAUUACUAACUAUCAAGUAGGUAGUUUGCAGCUAUGCAACAUUCGAUAUAUCUUGUUUAAGUUAUUUAUAUUAUUAUUACUAUAUUACUAAAUUUAGUUGAUAAGUAUACGAUUAAAUAGUGUAAGCACGAUUAUCGCGUAGUUAGUCAAAAAUACUUUUAUUUUACUUUACUUAAAAAUAUUUUUCAAUCAAGUUAACGCUCCUCGUCCAAAAAGUAUUAAUUUUUAUGGUUAAGUAGAUAGUAAAACCUUUUUUUUUUUUUUGUAAUUGUUGUUACUCUUUGCGCGUGUAUACGAUACACAAGCUAUUUAUACAUAUAUCAUUAUUGUUUAAUAUUCGUAUGGUAAACUAGUUGUAUUAUGUAGAAACGAAAAGUCGUAGGUAUAAUCCUCAUCAGCAACAACUGUGAUGCGAUUUAUCUCGUAACAAAAAUGUGUAUAAUAUUAUAUUAGAUUG